UGGGACUAUUAUUUUUUUUUUUUUAAAGUGAAAUGUAACCCAUGCACAUGACUAAAUCUAUUAUAUUCAUAAAACAAGUUUGUGUUCGGCCUGUAACCGUCUGUCUCGCAAACUUUUCUUCGUCCUCUAAGUAGAUUACAGCCUAUCAGCUCUCUUAACAAAAUCACUGGCCUUCAAUUGAAUCCUUAUCCCUCCACCCCUUCCACCUCCCUGCUCCACUCCACCGCUCUGUCUGCAGCGCGCGCUGCCCGUCCAUGGGGUCUUGCUUCAAAAAAAAAAGGAGCUUGCACUGUACAGUAAGACCCUCGCCAAUCUGCCUCGAUCCAGAGGUCGCCACGUUGCCAUGGAGACACCGGGAGCCGCCACGAUGGGAUUGUGCUCGUGUGCCGUCGUUGCCCUGCUGAUCAUCGGGUCGACUGGAUCAGUCUGCUACACUGCUGUGGAAUCACUGGACUUAGGAUGCCUCCUGCGGUGGGAUUGUCCCCACGUUAGUCCUAAUACCACCUUUACCGUGCAGACAAAGACGCAGGGGGACCCCUGGCAGGACGUACCGUGGUGCGUUUGGCUCUCGUCCCACACCUGUGACCUCUCGCACGUCUUCUCAAACUUCGAGCUGUACAACAUGGUCCGUCUGGGCGUCCACCUCGGCCCCGUGUCCACCGCCUGGAUGAGGCCACGCAAGUUUGACUACAGUGACUUCACCUUCAGUCCUCCCUCCGUCACGGCCUCUUUGAGCGACGACCAGCUACUUGUGAUGGUGCAGUUCCCCUGUGCAGCCAACAGGAGGUGCUCUCUGGGGGGGUGUUGUCCCAUCUCUGAGAUGAUUGACCCCUGGACCACAGUAACUGUGUACAACAAGCUCAAUCAAUCAGAGUACCAGAGCCGCACGGUCUGGACCCAGGAGCUGGUGUCCCAUGUGGAGUUCUCUGGUUUGGCUCCAGGUCAGAACUACUGUGCUGUGGCCAACUUCUCCUUCCCAACCUUCUCCAUGGCUGCUUCCCCGAAAUCGGCCCCUCAGUGUGUCCAGACUCUGUCCAAAUCAGGUUUUCUCCUGCUGCCUGCCUUUUUUCUAGGAAUCGGACUGACGUCUCUGCUCCUUUUUCCACUUCUCACUGUGUUCCUGAAUAGACCAAGAGACACUGCAGCGACCACUGAAGAUCAACCCAAGAUUCCUGCGGCGGUUCAGGAUCCAGUGUCUUUGCUCCCCGUCGACCCUUGUGACAUCCACCUGGAGUUUGCUGACGAUAAAAUCUCCAUAGAACUCUCCUCUAACCAAGACCAGACCUCGAAUCACACCGGGGAUCCUCCCCAUCGCGACCCCAGCUCGGGCGCAUCGUACUGGGACACCGGAGGGAUGAAGCUCGACCUCCAGCAAGGACCCGACUGGAAUCAGCAUCCCGUUUCUCUUAAAGAGACAUUUUGGCCAAAUGGAGACCGAAAGACUAAAAACCAAAUCAUAGCGAACGUUGCUCCAUAAAGGUGUGCGUGUGCGUGCGUCUCUUGGUCAUGUCAUGCUCGUUAUUUACAAAUCAGUGUGAGGCUCAAACCCCGUUACAAGAAACGCUCGCCAUUCUGAAAUGUCUUCGAGGUAUUGGAUCCCUUCCAGUCCUGAAGAUGACGUUCUGUACAUGACCUCUGACAUUCAUUUCUUGUGGACCUUGAAUGGUGUCCAUAACGAGCAGGAUGAAGAUGAAGGGUCACGACCCGAUUAUCCAAUUCCCCAUUUAGAGCCACGAGACGUCCUCUAACAUCCAGUCAUAGAAAUGUGGCUCCCUGUUUUAAACGUAUCGGCACAUUCCUCUGUGUUUGUCCGAUAUGAGUCAGUGUGCUGGACGGAGAGACUCAGAGGAUCAACUGGUGAGUGAGAAUCACCAAUGAAGCAGAAAUAGUUUAUUGUCGUUUAAAGGUCCAAAAGGAGCCGUUUUUCUGUGUGUACAAAUGAUUCGGCGAAAAUAUCUAAAUCUGGUUGCGGUUCUUCCUCCGCUGCCUUUUUGUGCUGAGGUCCAGUGACUCUAUAUUGGCCCGUCCAGACCGUAAGCUUCAGAAACUCCUGACACCCCCCAAGAAGCCGCCCGCAGGCCCUUUAUUCUGCCCCCCCAAGGUGAUAACCGAGGGUAGUUUUUCAUUCAUUGGUCUUUCUGACUCACAUUCGCCCCCAUCGGAGUUUCGUUGCCCGUGACCGACGCCUCAUCCUGCCUCCAGCAUCAAAUCAAGGAACAUCUGCUUUCCCGCCUCCUGUUUUGCUGGUGUUGCAUUCUUUCCGCAACAUUGGGGAGCUUUGGGGUUUUUCGCCAUGCGGCAUUGUUUGUUUCCCUUCUCCCCCUUUUCCAGAUUACACAGAGACCCUGGGGGUUAUCCAAGGCUCCAUGUACCAGCCAGUGUGCAUGGCUUUUAUUAAUAGGCUUAGUGCUUAUUUACCUUGUGGAGAGAUUAUUGUAUGAAGCAAGAAGCUGGCAUGUGCAGACGAGCACCUGACUACACAACAGUGGAACUGGAACAGGCGAAGUGAUUCCUCUGAAGAUAUGUACUGACGUGGAUUUAAUUAAGG